UGUUAUCAUCAAGUAGUUCUGUUUUUUAUAUUACAUAUACUAUUAAACAUAAUGGGUCGCCUGAUACUUGAGCACACACUGCAGGGUCACAAGGGACGCAUUUGGGGUGUCGCGUGGCAUCCCAAGGGUAACAGUUUUGCCUCCUGCGGUGAGGAUAAGAGCAUUCGAGUUUGGUCUCUUUCGGGCAACACAUGGAGCACCAAGACCAUACUGUCCGACGGACACAAGCGCACAAUACGCGAAGUGCGUUGGUCACCCUGUGGCGAGUACUUGGCGUCGGCCAGCUUCGAUGCAACCACUGCCAUUUGGUCCAAGCAUGAAUGCAACGCAACAUUGGAAGGACAUGAGAAUGAAGUAAAGAGCGUAAGCUGGUCCCGUAGUGGUGGUCUGUUGGCAACCUGCUCUCGGGACAAAUCUGUAUGGAUCUGGGAGGUGGCUGGUGACGAUGAAUUCGAGUGUGCUGCGGUGCUGAAUGCACACACACAGGAUGUGAAACGUGUUGUCUGGCAUCCGAACAAAGAGAUACUUGCGUCGGCUUCCUACGACAAUACUAUUAAGAUGUUUGCUGAAAGCGCACUGGAUAGCGAUUGGGACUGCACGGCCACGCUUAACUCUCACACAAGCACAGUUUGGAGCAUUGAUUUUGAUGCGGAUGGUGAGCGUUUGGUUUCGUGCAGUGAUGAUAAGACAUUGAAGAUUUGGCGUGCCUAUCAUCCGGGCAAUGCAGCGGGUGUUGCCACACCAGAAAAGACAACUGUGUGGAAGUGUGUCUGUACAUUGGGUGGUCAACACUCGCGUGCCAUAUACGAUGUGUCAUGGUGCAAAUUAACGGGACUGAUAGCUACGGCCUGUGGUGACGAUGGCGUUCGCAUAUUUAAAGAGAGUAGCGAUUCUAACCAAGAUGCACCUACAUUCGAGCUGCUUACAGCGGAGGAGAGCGCUCAUGAGCAGGAUGUGAAUGCGGUUGAGUGGAAUCCAGUGACGGCCGGACAGCUUAUGUCAUGCAGCGACGAUGGCACAAUUAAAAUAUGGAAUCUACAAGAAUAAAAAUGUUAUUGAAUAUAUGUAUGUAUAUUUGUUGCCUAUAAAUAUAUAACGGUACUCUUAAGUAAUAUUGUAAUAAUUCAAUUGUACAGUAGUAGCAUCGGGAAUAAAACUCGCUUUU